UAAACCCCCUCCGGGUCACACAGAGGAGUUUUUUUGGGGGGACAGACACAAACCCUGUGCUGACCCCCCCCAAAAGGUGUCACGAUGUUCGGCUCCUCCCGGGGGGGGGUCCGGGGGGGCCAGGACCAGUUCAGCUGGGAGGAUGUCAAGACGGACAAACAGCGGGAGAACUACCUGGGGAACUCCCUAAUGGCGCCGGUGGGCCGGUGGCAGAAGGGGAAGGACCUGACUUGGUACGCCAAGGGCAAGAAGGAGACAGGUCCCACCUUGUCCCGUGAAGAAGAGCUGGCCGCCGUCCGCCUGGCCGAGCAGGAGGCCAUGAUGGCAGCCCUGGGCUACAAGAACGUGAAGAGGCAGCCCACCGGCCUCAGCAAGGAGGACCUGGCUGAGGUGUGCAAGCGGGACGGCGCCGAGCGGGACGGGAAGGACGUGGACCGGGUGGUGGGCUUGGGCAGCUCCAGCGGCAGCGCCGGCCGGGUGAUGCUCUCCAAGGAGGACAAGGAGGCGGCCAAGAUGGGGCUCUCCAUCUUCACGCACCAGAAAGUCUCCAGCAGCCCUGAAACGUCCAGCUCCAAGAAGAAGCAGGAGAAGGAGGAGAAGGUGGAGGAGAAACGACCGGAGAGCGGCAAGAAAUCCAAAAAGGAGAAGAAGAAAAAGAAGAAGAAGAAACACAAGAAGGAGAAGAAGAAGGACAAGCACCACAAGAGGGAUGCUUCCCCCUCGUCUUCCGAUUCUUCUCCGGAGCGGGAUGAGAGGCACCACCGAAGGAAAGCCCAGCAGCGUCCCGGCGAGCGGCGGCGGCGGCGCCACGACACGGGUUCCUCUGCCAGCAGCCGGGAUUGGGGCCGGAGCCCCUCGCCCCGUCCUGCCCCGCGGAGGAGCCGGAGCCGCGACGGCCGCGGUCGCCACCCGUCCCCGCGCCGCAGGGGGAGGAAGAGGAGCAGGAGCCCAUCCCCUCCGUCCCGCGGGGCCCGGCAACGCCACGACACCGAUUCCGAGGACUGAGAGGGAACCUACAGAGCUUUGGGUUGGUUGGUUGGUUUUUUCCCCAGAGAGAUCUCACGCAUUCUAUCUAUUUUUUUAAGGUUAUUAAAUUAAAAACGCCGCAGUUUUGUGGUUGCCGGGGUUGAGCCCAGCCAAGGGCACUUGGUUUUGCGGUGCCAGCUGCCCCUCCCCUGCCCGCAGCUCCUGCUCUUCAAGCUGGGGUGGCACCACCAGUUCCCACCAGAGGUGGGUCCCAUCCGUGGAGGCAUCUGGGCACCCUUCUCCCUUCCUGGAUCCAUCCAUCCCGGUGGGAUUUAGCUGGGAGGAUGGUGUGAGGUGGGUGUUGGUGCUGGGACGGGCCCGGCUGCGAUGCUGGAAAUGCUGCAGAUGCCUCGGGUUUAUGUAAAGAGUUGGUGGAUGCAGUUAUGAUGAUGAUGAUGAUGAUGAGUUUUUUUAAGUGUCUUCUUUCGGUGCCCUCGAGCAGCUGCCAGCGAAGCAGCUGGAGGGGACCUUCUUUCCUCAAACCCUCCCUGGAGUCCGUCAGCUACAAAAUAAAACCGGGGGUUUGUGCGCUGCCGGGAGGGUUUUGUAUCUUGGAGCUGAUGGUUUUCUGAUGGUGGGGCUGUGGGGCUCUCCAU